AGACACAGCCGGAUCCCUUUACAUCCGCAUUGAGAAACACCGUCGCUGCCGUCCGGAGCCAUCAUUCUGAGCCAACCGGAACUAACGUCUUGUGGGUUAAAGUCGAACAAUGGAGAAGAUAACAGAGAAACUUUUACUGGAGAAAGGAACCCCAAAAACCAACAAACUGGAGCAAGUCAAGACACUAAAUCUGUCUAAGCUGGGUCUUCAGCUUCAGGACCUGCCUGUUAAGCUCCUGUCCCGUCUGCAGUCUCUGGAGAGGCUGGACCUGUCUGGAAACAGACUGCAGAAGUUCCCCAAGAACCUGAAGCUUCCUGUGCUUUUCUUCCUGGACCUCAGCGACAACCAGAUGGAAGAUGUCACCACCUUGGAGUCUCUGAGCACUUUGGAAGAGCUUAAGAUGGAUGACAACCUCUACAUCACAGUGAGUGAUAAUUAUAAGCUGAUGGUGUUGCUGCCUAACUUGAGGAUUUUCAAUGGCAAAGACGUCAGCACAACCGCCAAUCAUUUACGAUUCGUCUACAGCGACAACCUGAGGACCAGGAUCGCUGCCGUUUGGGAGAAGAACUUCAGUCUACCAGACCCCGUUACUGCAGACAAGCUGUCGGACUUGGAGACCAAGUUUGUGAGCGCUGCCUGUAAACAGGUUAAAUAUGGGCCCAGUUCUGUCAGUGAGUUUACCAGGUGGAGGGUGGGAAUAUUGGCUAUAGAGUAUCUGCACUCACUAACAGAACCAAAGGAAGAUUCAGAAAGCAAAGAGUCAACAGACGCCAAAGACAAAGAAGUUGUUGUAACACCUUGUAAGAGGAAACAACCUCAGCCAGAUAUGGACAUCGGCGUUCGACUGUCGCCCCGCAAGAGGCUCCGCCCCGAUCCUCCGGACUCUCCUGCAGGAGAUAGUCCUCGCAAAUCCAGUCUGCGCCUCAGACUUCAGACUCAGCCCCAGACCAGUAGCUGCUCGGCCAAGACGAAUGGAUCCUCAUCGACUCCCACCAGAGGCGGGAAAGACGCCCCCAGGGCAAAACCUAAGACGCAUCAAAGCAAAGCAAAUGAAGCUAAACCGAAGGAACGCUCAGGGAAACAAGACGGCAGGGCCUCACAUCUGGAGAAAGAUUGUUACACGAUGCCCUUGUUCAAGACGUCCAGCAGAAUGCAGCAGCCCGUGUCUCUAAAGCCGCUCCACGUUCUCCAGUGUCACAGCAAGCAGGACAGCUCUGAGGACUUCACCACCCAGCUGUGGGCCUGCGCCUUCCACCCAGCGCUGGAUUCCUCUGACUCUGGAGGAGGAAGCCGCUUGGUGGCGACCUGUGGAGGAGACUCUGUCUGCGUGAUCGACUGUGAGACGGGAAUGGUGAUGAAAAAAUAUAAAGUUCCCGGGGAGGAGUUUUUCUCGCUGGCCUGGUCCACUGUGCUGAUGUCCAGAGGCUCCAAGGCUUCGGCUCAGCCUUGCGCUGUUCUGGCUGCCGGCGGGAAGCGAGGACUGGUCAAACUCAUCCAUCCCAGAAACAACCUGGCGUACGGGGAGUUCAGAGCCAGCCGGAAGGCUCUUUCUGUCCUCCGCUUCCACCGGCAAAAGGAAAACUUCCUCUUCACGGGAUCGUACGACAACAAGAUCGUGAUGUGGGAUAUCGGAGGAAUUGACAGUCAGUACAACUUCAAGGUGGUUCAGCUGCUGGCCUUGGAGAGCAGAACCACCCCUCUGCACAUCUGCCUCCCUCCCACCUCCAACAAUCUUCUGCUGGUCGCCUGUGAAGACGGCCUGUUCUGCUACAACACACAACUCGGCACCAGCAGCACCACCAAAAGCAGGUCUAUGGACAUGGAGAUCACUUUCCCAAUUUAUGAGAAGGAGGAUGAAGAUCAUGAAUACCACACAGUGGACGGCAUGAGUUUUUUAAAUGAUGAUUUAGUUGCCUCUAAGAACUACAUGCACAGCUGCAUCUACCUGUGGAGCUGGAGCAGGACUGUGGCUCAGCGGCCGGACAGGAAGAGCAGGAAGGUGUGUGCGGUGAUUGUGGCUGAGCUGCAGUGGGCCAAAACCGACAUACCCUACCUGGCUCUCAACACCUGUCCUGGACGUGGUUACAUUGUGUGUGGUGAUGAGAAAGGCAGGAUAUGGACGUACCACGCUGCCAACCUCCAGAAAAAUGGCUAUCAGACUGGAAAACCCAUCCCGCCUACUGAUGUGUUGGAGUGGCCGGCCCCAAGAAGGAAGGGCCUGGGCUCUUUGGAGGGCCCCUCCAUUAACAGCGUGGCGAUGGAUCCUGAGCUCACUUACAUGGUCGCCCUGAGUGACAAGAAUAUGGUCAUCAUUUGGAAGAAAGAGGAGUGUUCAUGAGCAUUUUCUGUGGUUGUUUUUAAGGUGAAAAAAGUUUUGUUUCUCUAACAAUGUUCAUAUAGAUUUUUAUUGUUGUUUUCCCACCUGGAGAAGGGGAACUUCUAAGAUGUAGAACUUUGAAAUGUUUUUUUUUUAAAUUGUUUUUUAAGACUGAGUUUGGUAAAAAGCUAAGUUUUAAUUUCCCCUUUUUUAAAUUAGAGAAAUAUACUACUGUUAAAUAUGUGAAAAGAAAUCUGUGACAGUUGUUCUAAACUGAUUUUGACUGACGUUAGUUCUCAACGAACCAGAAUUUUGUUUAAAUAAUUGUGCUUGAGAAUGUAUUUUUACGGCUUUAUCUCUGACUCCACAGUAUUAAACUUCCUUCUGGGUUAAGGGAAAAAAAAGUCAAAUAUUUUUAUUUUUCUUUCUUUCUUUUCGCCAUGUCAGCUUUUUCAAAGCACCAGUUUCAUCUAACUUUCAAAAUACGAGUGCAGAGCUACCAGAUAAGAUCAAAUCCAACCAAAGCUGAUAUUUAAAGAUCGCAAUAUUAAAAGCACAUUUUUGAAAAACUUGUUUGAUGUGCUAAUAAAUUUAGAUUCUAA